AUGAGUUUUUAUGAACUUUUACGUAAAUCCCGUUUAGCAUCUUUUGAUCCUUCUAUACCACAGGUUUAUACGACCCAUAUGCGAUAUAGAAGUCGUGGAGAAUGGGGUAUGAAACGUAAUCUACCGAAUUUCUUACGUACCAACAAUAUUAUUGUUGAAGCGCUUGACACCAUUGAACAUCAAACUCCUUAUAAAAGUGCGGAGACUUUUGUAAAGUUCACUAAACGUUGGAAAGAAAAUUAUCCAUUUUCAAAAGUUUCGAAACCUAUGGAUAAUAAACCAAAGUUAUUUAACAUUGGUAAAAUGACUGAUAAAGAAUUUAAAAAAUUUUUGAGAGAAAAGGUAGAACCAAAAAAAUGGGAAUAUAGAAAUUCUAUAAAUAACGAUACGAAAACUUUGCAAGAUUUUAUAAAUGCUCUAAAUAUUACCUACGAAAGAAAACCAUCCACCAUUCAUGGAUUAACUUAUUCCCAUAAUAACCCCGGAACGAAUAUUGUUGUUCAAGGUCGUGUAUUAAAUAAAGACAUGCCUUCUGGAUUUGCGGUUGGAAUUAGCGGAAUGGUGGCAAAUAUUUUAUCUCGUAAAAAUGUUCCAUUAAAUCAAAUUAGUCGUGAAAAAUUAGAAAGCUUUUAUGUGGAAAAAGCCGAAUUUGAUAGUCAAGGGAAACCAGUAGUUAAAGUUUCGAAAACUCCAGCUUUAAAUCUACAAGAGGCCCUGCUACCAUUAAAGAGCUAUUCAGACCCUAGUUCUUCUAGUUCCGCUAGUUUAGAACAAAGUGAGAUCUUAAAUAGAAUAGUGAACAUGAUUAAGGUUGGAAAUGAUUCAGAACAAAGUAUAGAACAAGAAACAACAAAAACAGAAACACCAAGAUUUGAGGAUGCUUUUAGCGAACUAUCAAUAAAAAAAACAUCAUGA